UGUGAACACUCGUUUCAUCUAAACUCACGAUAGCAUCCGAACUUCAAUCACCGCACCCUAUUCUAGGCUAUAAGGAGCCCUCAACUUUCAAUGGAUGAUCUUCGCCGGCGCAUCACUCCGCGAGGCUAUGGGUCCAACGAGACGUACGUCUAUGAGUUCUCACGAGGAUUAGGUGGUGUCAAUGUUCCUCGAGAUCAUAUCAUCACGCAAAUAAUUGUCGUCUUCAUCCUCGGCCUGGCGUUUAUUGUUUUCUGCGGACGAAUUGCUCAAAUAAGCCAUGGUUAUCUCCGCCAUAUCACCUCUUUGACUGCCAGCAGAAGGCAACAGACUUACUGGAGUGUCGAAGAGUCCGCCACAUGGACAAAUAUCAAGAAGCACUUACUAUAUUCGCCUCUCGGUAGAAAAAGGCACAACCGGGAAAUCCAACUUUCUUCUGCUAUCAAUGUGGGCACCUUGCCUUCCAGGUUCCAAACCAUCCUGAUCCUAUCGUAUGUUGCAAGUCAAAUCGCUUAUUGCGCUAUCCUGGACUAUAGCGUGAACACGAGAGAAGCCCUUGUGGCUGAGCUGCGGGGACGAUCGGGAACAUUAGCUAUGUUCAAUAUGGUCCCGCUCUUCAUCCUGGCGGGCCGUAACAACCCACUGAUCGCAAUUUUACAUAUCAGUUUCGACACAUACAAUUGUCUCCACCGAUGGUUAGGCCGCAUUGUCAUGAUUGAAAGUGUGGUGCACACAAUAGCUUGGGCAGUCAAUGCAGUCGCUGAAAAGGGGACGUCGGACAUGCUUCAGCGCCUAUGCGAUACUCCUUUCUUCACUUGGGGCUUGGUUGCGACUGUUGCGAUGGUAUUCCUCUCACUUCAUUCUCCCUCGCCGAUUCGUCAUGCAUUCUAUGAAACCUUCCUGCAUCUUCACCAGCUUGCUGCCUUGUUGGCUUAUGUUGGCGUAUGGUUACACUUGGAUCUCGACAACCUACCCCAGAAACCCUGGGCCAUCGCAAUCGCCGCAGUCUGGAUCUUCGACCGGGUAGCUAGGUUUUUAAGGCUGUUGUACCUUAACAUCUCCCCUAGCAAAGGAUCCACCAAGCUUGUUGUCGAAGCUCUCCCUGGCGAGGCCUGUAAAGUGACGUUUCACUUGCCCAAGCACGUUCGUAUUAACCCUGGGAGCCACGUAUAUGCUUACAUUCCAAGCGUCUCCUUGUGGAUGUCCCAUCCGUUUUCAGUUGCUUGGGUCGAUCCCUGCAGCUCUGUAACGACCACAGCGGGGCCAGAAUACUCCUCUAAGAGUCCAGUCUCUACCGGAAGCAUGAGUCCAUCGCUCCUUGAGAAACAAACGGUGGUUGACCUAGAUGAAUACAUGCGGGAAAGCCAGACGCCAACAUCUGUUUCCCUUAUCAUGGCUGCUCGCCAAGGUAUGACUAGAAAGAUUUACAACAAAGCGCUCAUCGCGCCUGGACAAAAGCUACACAUUUCAGGAUACAUUGAAGGACCGUACCGAUCCCACGUUUCUAAUAUGGGCAGCUACGGCACCGCUGUGCUCUUCUCUGCUGGCGCGGGUAUCACCCAUCAUAUGUUAUUCUGCCGAGACCUGAUCAUUCGUGCAACCGAAGGCCGCGUAGCCACGCAAAAAGUCUACCUCGUCUGGUCUGUCCGUAGUACAGACCAUCUCGCGUGGGUACAAGAAUGGAUGGACCAAAUCCUCCGCCUCCCCGGUCGCCGCGACAUCCUGACCAUCAAACUCUUCGUCUCGAAACCCAAGAGCAGCCGUGAGAUCGUUUCACCCAGCGCCACCGUGCAAAUGUUCCCAGGUCGAUGCCGUCCCCACGUCGUCCUGGACGAGGUCAUCCCCAACCGCGUCGGAGCUACCAUUGUUUCCGUCUGUGGACCCGGCGCAUUUGCAGAUGAGGUUCGUGCAGCCGCUCGAGAUAACAUCGGCAAGGGCGCAGUCGUGGAUUUCGUCGAGGAGGCCUUCACAUGGUAAAAACAUUCUCGUCAACUUUACAACAGCUCUACAUCACCUUUUGUCUUCUUGUCUAAAAUUUUGUCUGUAAAUUACUCUUUUUUAUCCUGUCACCUUAAUCUCCUCCCUCCGGUCUCUCUGUCUGUACCAGACAAUCUAGGCGUUUCGGUCGUGGUCCUGUACUUCCGACAUAACAAUGCAUGCUGUGAACAAUUCCUCAUUGAAAGAUGGACUUAUAUAGAACAACAACGUGCAGAGUUGAUUCUCUGCACCCUAACAACGAAGUUAUUCUAGAAUUUAGCGAAAGCGAAAUGAGAAAUGCAGCGAUCAUUUAGAUUCUUGCAUCAGUUCAUAUUAG